AUGGCAGAGGCAAUACUCUCUGCUGUGUCAAAGAUUGGGAUAGUCAGUUUAAACAAAACGGUCACGAUUGUCGUAGAUCAGUUGGCGAAGAAGGUUAAUGGUCUAAUUGAAUUGCCAGUAAAGAUCAAAAUGAUUGAUAAAGAGCUAAGGAUGAUGAAUAGUGUAAUUCAAGAUUUGGGCGCCAUAUAUCUCAGCCACAAUGUUAUCAAGGAGUGGAUUGCAGGCGUGAGGAAUCUGGCCUACCAUGUUGAAGAUGUAAUUGACAAGUACUCGUAUGAGGCUCUGAAGGUCAGCGAAGAUGCCAAUCUAUAUCGGUACGCCUUGGGAGGAUCACGCCACAUAAUGGCUUUCACUAAGAUUGUCGAUGAAGUGAUAGAGAUAGAAAUGGAGAUCAGGCAAGUCAUACAAAACCAAUCUUACUGGAAUAAUAUAGUUGAUCCCAUAAAAAAUUACCGUGAAGAGAUUGAUAGGAGACGGGGUAUGGCCUGCUUUCCAGAGCUUUAUAGUGAUGAGGAUCUUGUGGGAAUUGAUGAAAACAGGAACAAGUUGACCGGAUGGCUGAGCACCAAUGAGAAAGAGUGCACGGUGAUAGCAAUUUCUGGAAUGGGAGGCUUGGGGAAAACAACUCUUGUGAAAACUGUGUAUAAUCGGGAGAAAUCCAACUUCCCUGGUGCUCACGCUUGGCUUGUGGUGUCACAGUCAUAUGAUGCAGUUGAUCUGCUGGUCGAACUGCUCCGCAAGAUAGGGCACACACAACCUUUUACCGCUGGUGCGAAACCUGAUGUCUAUGAGUUAACAGAUGCAAUACAAAAGACACUAGAAGACAGGAAAUGCUUGAUCGUUCUUGAUGAUGUGUGGGAUAAAGAAGCAUAUACUUGGACGUGCAGUGCAUUCCAAGGUCUCCAAGGAAGCCGUGUUAUUAUCACAACCAGGAAGGAAGAUGUUGCAGCUCUUGCUCAUAAGGGCCGUCGCAUGAAACUCCAGCCACUGGGUAAGGAUGAAUCAUUUAAGCUCUUCUGCUCAAGGACUUUCCACAACAAAAGCCCCGACCGCAAGUGCCCUCCAGGGCUCCAGACAGUGGCUGCUGCUAUCGCUGAGAGGUGCAAUGGCCUGCCAUUGGCCAUUAUAGCUUGUGGUAGCCUACUUUCCACGAAGCAACCAACAGACCAUGCCUGGAACUACAUGUACAACCAUCUCCGGAGCUAUCUGCAGGAAAACGACCAUGUGCGAGCUAUACUUCUUCUGAGCUACCAUGACUUGUCAGCUGUUCUCGUGAACUGCUUCCUGUACUGCACCUUGUUCCCUGAAGACUAUCCGAUACCACGGGAGACACUUGUGCGAAUGUGGGUUGCCGAAGGAUUUGCGAUCACGAAAGACUGCAGCACGGCAGAGGAAGUGGCAGAGGAGAUUCUCAUGGAACUCAUCAGCCGGAAUAUGUUGGAAGUUGUGGAGACGGAUGAGCUCUCUAGGGUCACUACCUGUAAGAUGCAUGACAUUGUCCGAGUCCUGGCUCUCCAUAUCGCAAAACAACAGAGGUUUGGCUCUGCGAAUGAUGAGAGUGAGAUGAUGCUCAUGGAUAGAGAGGUUCGCCGGUUCUCGACAUGUGGUUGGAAGAGAGAGGGCAGUAGCCCAGCAGCUGCUGGAGUGGAAUUCCCGCGACUCAGAACUUUCAUGGGGAUUGCCUCCUCUACCAGCAUGAUUUCCUCAAUUUUGAAUGGAUCCAACUACCUUACUGUUCUUGAGCUCCAAGACUCUGCAAUCAGCCACGUGCCAGCAACCAUCGGGAAUCUGUUCAAUCUCCACUACAUCGGCUUGAGGCGCACCAAUGUCCAGUCGCUGCCGGACAGUAUUGAAAAACUCUCAAACCUCGAGACGCUGGACAUCAAGCGAACAAAAAUAGAGAAACUACCACCAGGGAUUGUGAAGCUUGAGAAGCUACGACACCUUUUUGCUGACAGGUUUUCUGAUGAGAAGCAGACGGACUUCCGAUACUUCGGAGUGGAAGCGCCUAAGAUGAUUUCCAACUGUCAAGAUCUGCAAACUCUCGAGACCAUCUCUGCCAGCAAAGACCUAUCGCAGCAGCUGAAGGAAAUGACUAAGCUGCAGACUGUUUGGAUUGAUAACAUCAAUGCAUCUAACUGUGAAGAGCUUUUCGAUGCCCUCUCACAUAUGCCACUACUGUCAAGCGUACUCCUCUCUGCAAGUGAUGAGAAGGAGACACUUUCUCUCGAAGCAUUGAAGCCAAUUUCGACCAGGUUCCACAGACUGAUCAUCAGAGGCAGCUGGGUCCAUGGGAUACUCAAGUGCCCAAUAUUCCAUGGCCAUGCAAGGUCCCUCAAGUAUCUGGCCCUAAGCUGGUGCAAUCUUGGGACCGAAGAUCCGUUGCAGUUGCUGGCAUCUCAACUACCGUCUCUCACUUAUCUCAGCCUUGACCGGGUGAGUAGUGCAGCUAUAUUGAUCCUUUCUGAUGGGUGCUUUGCUAAACUCAGGACACUCGUCUUGAAAAACAUGCCUAAUGUGAAGCAACUGGUGAUCCAAGACAACGCAAUCCCGUCCAUUGAUGGGAUCUACAUCAAGUCACUCCCUGAGAUGAACAAAGUCCCUCAUCGCAUCGAGUACCUUGGAUCCCUGAAGAAGCUCUGGCUGCUGGAUCUGCACAAGGACUUCAAGGCUGAUUGGAAUCUGAACCAGAUGCACAACGAGCUGAAGCACGUUCCAGAGCUUCGCUUAUGA